CCGAGGAUGAUGAUCGGAGCUCUCGACUUGCUGUGCAAUUAGAUCGUUCAGUACCGAUUCUAGCGAUCCAAAGACACUAACGACAGUUAAUCACCGAUCAAACCCCCAUUAACCACGAAAGCCACAUAAACAUCGGGUGAUCCAACUAAAAAACAAUAACCCUCCACGAAAAAAUAAUAUCUGAAAGAAAAAUCCCUGAAAUUACAACAUUCCCGAUUUUUGCUAAUCAAUAGUCAUUUCGAACUAGAGCCAAGUGUAUGAUUUUAGUGUUGUGUUUAACAAAGCCGAAGGAAAGUACAAAUAAUACCGUCUAGUGCUGCUGCGCACUGAGUUUAACAAUCCCCCCUUGUUCGCGUCCCUUCCUUUGUAGGCGAAUCCAGUGUUGCCCCCGCAUUUUGCUAUGUGACAGAUAUUACGGGGCACCCAGUGUGCGCGUACCCCACGGAUCAUACCAAAACCCAAUAAAUAAAUUCAUUACACCACCCUAAUCAUCCCACCAAUAAUUGUGAGAACACUCGAGGGAGAAGUGAGAGAGAAUCGUUUGGUGGGCGCACACACGUUCCAGAGGACCUUUACAUUUUUGUGUGUGCGCCUCUGAUAUUUUUCUACGCUUCAAUCACACGGACGACAGCCCCGGGAGUUUAUUUCUCUUAUUUUUUUUUCUUCAAAAUAUCAUUAUUAUUAAUUUACAAGGAGAAAUGGAGUGCCCUCAUCUAGCCCAGAGUGUCCGGCUUGGAGGAGACGAUGUAGAGCCAAAUUACGGAGGCAAGGAACUGCCAUUCGUCUGCGCAGUUUGCGGCACGGAGAAAAGUACAUGGUUGUGCCUGCACUGUGGUGCAGUACAUUGUGGGCGUUAUGUGGCUGGCCAUGCCCUACAGCAUCAUGAAAAAAAUAAUCAUCACUGUGUGUGCAUUGACUGCGAGAAUCUGGCAGUGUUCUGUUACUCCUGCGAUGAAUACGUAGUUAACGACACAUCAACAGGCCAAAUAGAAAAAAUCCGACAGAGUACAUUCCGUAAAAGUGAACAGAAAGAAAACGACGAGAGUUGGAGUUCAUCUGCAUCACCAGACCUAGACAGUGGUAACGGUGAUAAUGACGAUUCCGAUGCACUUUGGAAGACUGAAGUUGUAGUAAGAAAUUUAAGGCCACGAACUAGAAAAAGAUUGCACUCACUGGAUGGGACAAGUGGUGAUAAUCGACCAGUGACAAAACGACGUACAUCAAAAAUAACCAAAGAGAAGAAAGUCGUUGGUCUGAGAAAUCUUGGAAAUACGUGUUUUAUGAAUGUUGUACUUCAGUCGUUCAAUAAUAUCAGCCAUUUCUGUGAAUAUUUAACGCAAAUGCCGAGCUUAGAGGGAAUAGCAUUUGAUGAGCCGCCAACACACAGGGGGAGAAUUGUGGCGCCUGGAAGAGCCAAGGAAUUAAGCGAUGCGUUGCUCGCUGAGGAGCUCAGAAAAGUACUUCUUAGUUUGAGUCUAGGUGGUUCAAAUGGCCAGGCCAUAUCCCCCGAAUGUCUUUUCCUCGUAAUAUGGAAAGUGGUGCCACGUUUUAGGGGCUACCAGCAACAAGACGCUCAUGAAUUUCUGACUUAUAUGCUUGAUAGGCUUCAUACUGAGCUUCUCCAGCUACUGCCAAGACUGGGUCAUGAACCACUGGGGCUUAGGGGUAAACAGAGUAUUGUCACUGCUGUUUUUGGUGGUACACUACUGAGUGUGGUUCACUGUAUGAACUGCCGAACAGAUUCCAAGACUCACGAGCCAUUUCAAGAUCUCUCAUUGGACAUUCCUGACAAACUUCAACGUAGAAAUGCAACCAAGGAGCAGGAGGAAGUUUGCAGUCUGACCUUUAGUCUAUCUCGUUUCUUCAAGGUUGAGGAACUUGCCGAUAGUGAGCUGUACUUCUGUGACAACUGCCGGGGAAAGCAACGCUCCACCAAGAGAUUCUGGAUACACAGGCUGCCUAACGUGUUGUGCCUUCACAUAAAAAGAUUUAGAUGGUGCAAUUCCUAUCGCUCCAAAGUCGACACCCAGGUGGAUUUUCCAAUGGAAUCACUUGACAUGUCAAUGUACACCGUUCGAGGCUCCGCUGGGGGUAAAAUGGGGCCACAGAAUGGUCAUCUUUAUGAUCUUGCAGCUGUCAUUGUUCAUCAUGGAUCAGGAGCUGGGACUGGACAUUACACUGCCUUUGCCGUCCACGACGGUCAAUGGUUCCACUUCAACGACAGUAGUGUACGUCCAGCAAGCACCGAAUCUGUCGCCAAGUGCAAGCCCUACAUUCUGUUUUACGUGCGACGUGAAUUUUCAAUUCCACCGCCAUUGUGACAUCGUACGAUUAAAAUCAAUGAUGACAGUAAUAACGACGAGGAAGACGAGGAUCACGUUGACGAUAGCAUUGAUAACGGAAUCGAGAAGAAAUGAGACAAUUUACAUCAGUAUUUCUUCCCCCUGAAUCCCAAAACGAGGUUCGACGUAUAUCGUAAAAUCAUCGAUAAUAAUACGCUCGUCGAAUUUUAAUCCCCCACCUCGUCAGAUCUUUUCCUCAAUAAAUCUAGAGUGCCUCGUUCCGUCGAUCACGCGUCGUCCAUUAUGAAUUUCAUUUUCAAAUAAAUUUUUGUUUCUCAUUGUAAUUUUCAUGAAAGGUCGUGACGAGUCAAUUAUAUCGUGUUGAAUAUAAAAUAAUCUCGAUAAUGAGGGGAUUGACGAGAGAAUGUCGGAGGACAUUAUUUACCCAGGAAUGAAUAAAUAGAUAAACGUUGGUGUGACAUUUCCCAAGAAUUUCCUCUCGAGAUAUGUUCAAACUUACCAAAAAAAAAAACAAUUCCUUUGACUCGUUGCACUAUCCCUCUAACUACUCCGUCCUGCUCGCGGACAGACAUCAUAGCAAAAUAAAGGAAAAAUAAUAGUUAUUAACUCGUAUAAAUCAUAUAAAACACCGAGACACCUUGAAAAGCUUUAGCCAAAUCCAUUUGCUGAAAUGGAAAGCAAAUAAUUCAAUGAAUUAAAAGAGAAAAAUGUCACAAAGGUCUACUAUACUUCCCUCUCCUCGUCCCCUCCCCCAAUCGCAUCUUCGACGUUUAGUUUCUCUCGAAGUUAGGUAGAACGAGCAAAUUCUAUAUUUUUCUAGCUACCGGAACGUUAAUAGUGAAAAAAAAAAGAAUGAAAUAAGAGUUGCCAAUCGUUUUUUAAGUACGAAGAAAAAAAAUAAAUGGAAAAAGGUAAUUCAUUGUGAUAUAGAGAAACGAAGGCAUUAAAGGUGUGUUUAAACGUGUGGUCGUAAAAAAGUUGUAUAAAUCGGACAUAUAGUUAUUAUUAUGUAUGUGUAUAAAUAUGGAUGUGUAAUUAUUAUACGUGAAUGCGGGAAAAUCCGAAUAAUUGAUCUAACGUAAAAGCAACUGAAUGCAUUUUGCUUAUUUGCGUAAUGAUCUUGCGGUGUCACGGUGGAUUAAACAAUCAAUUGAUUCAUUCAUUUUUCAUUUCAUUUAUUACCAUCCUUCAUUUCAAAUAUCAUACAAAAA